AUGGCUCACGCUCAGCCGAUCGAGGUGGCUGGUGAGACGAACCCAUUGAAUUACCAGAACCUCGUCAACGCCUUGUCUCUCGCGGCCAGUAGUGACUGGCAGCAGAUCAAGGCCUCGAGUGCGCAACUGAACAACUGGCAGAAACAGACGACAUUUUAUUCCAUGGUUCAGGAUGUCUUUUGUGACCAAUCUCUCCCACAGGACGUUCGCCAUAUGGCAAUCACUCAGCUGAAGAACGCAGCCGGCCAAUUCUGGCGCAAGACGGCACCAAAUGCACUACCCAAAGACCAAAAAGACAAAAUCAAAGUCACUGCUCUACAAGCAGGUGUUCUUGAGCCCGUCUCAGUUCUGGCUGUUCAAAAUGCCCUACUCGUCGCCAAGAUUGUGCGUCAAGAAUACCCUCAAGACUGGCCCGACGCGAUUUCAUCUGUGAUUACCUUACUGCGCACCGCAAUUGAGCCGGGCGCCAACCCUUUUCAACUCCCUGGGACCCUCAAAAUCCUCCUCGAGGUCACCAAGGGAUUGUCGGAAGCUCGUAUCUUGAGAAUUCAAGAAAGCUUUCGAUCAGUGGCCCCGGAGAUACUACGCGUGCUAGGAAACAUUUACGUUGACAAGGUUAACCAAUGGGUAGCGGCUCUGGAACAGGGUAUUAUGGACGAAAGUCUGUUGCUGGAUACCAUUCAACAUUCUCUACUAUCUCUUAGAAUCCUACGGCGUCUCAUCGUAGGCGGAUUCGCCCGCCCUGGUUACAACCAGGAUGUUCAGGAGUUUUGGGCUGUAACUUGUUCGCAUUUGGUCAAGUUUGUCUCGAUUGCAAACGAAUCCGCCAAGUUACCGGGAAAUCUCUCCAUCGCUAUUGAAAAGCACAUCUUGCAGCUUACAAAACUGCAUGCUAAUAUGUCUACGAGGCACCCUGCAUCUUUUGCACUCUUUACGCAAACUAUAGAUCUUUUGAAGACCUAUUGGGCAAUGCUUCUUAGACUUAGUGAAGUUUAUGUCAGUCUCGGUCAAGGGAAUGAUGAAGAAGAGGGAUCAACUUGGCCAGAGAAGACGGGCCUGCGAACUUUGAAUCUCAUCAGAUCAUGCGUGAAAUUAGCAUUCAAGCCCGUACAGACCUUCAGAACCCUGACUCAGGAAGACAAGGACGAUCGAAAAGUGGCGGUUGCACGAAUCAAAGAGCUCUUUACUGACAAUUUUGUUCUAGAAGCAAUGGAAGUUCUGGUGACUAAGUUCUUCAGAUUCCGGGAUUCGGACUCUGUACAGUGGGAGUAUCAAGCCGAAGAAUGGGAGAUGGGAGAAGAAAAUGAUGGAGCUUAUGAGUUCUCUAUCCACUUUUGUUCCCAAAAGCUUUUUCAGGAUCUUGUGAUUCACUUCCCGAGCUUGCUUAUUCCGCGAUUGCUGGAUGUGUUUCAUACAUUUGCCCGCCUCGACAAUCAAGACGUAAUUUUGAAAGACUGUGUGUACUCUGCCAUUGGCUUAGCAGCACCGUCUCUUGCGCAGCGCUUGAACUUCAACGCCUUUCUCGAGUCGACUCUGAUCCCCGAGGUUCAAAUUGAAAAACCUGAGUACCGUCUUCUGCGUCGACGAAUCGCCAUUGUUCUUAGCAGUUGGGUACCAAUCAAGCCUGAUGACCUUAACACCAGUGCUGUUUACCAAAUAUUCCAGCACUUACUGAAUAAGGAUGACUCUUUUAAUCACCAGGUGGUCCGCCUCACUGCGGGUCGUCACCUUUGCCAUGUUAUUGAUCCCUAUGAAUUUGCACCAGAGCAACUAAGCCCAUUUGCAGCGUCGAUCAUUGGAAGCCUUAUGUUGCUGAUCCAGGAAACUCAGCUUCCUGAGACGAAGCUGGCAAUGUUGGAGACGCUCCGUGUUGUAGUUCUCAAGAUGGAGCAUAACAUCGCUCCGUAUUCUGACCAGGUCAUUUCGUUCCUUCCAACGCUGUGGGAUGAAUCAGUGGAUGAGAUUUUACUCCGACAAGGCAUUCUCAAUCUCAUGGCCGCUUUGAUUCAUUCCCUCAAGGAGAACUCUGCACGGUACCAUAGCCUUCUUUUACCGCUAGUGAAGACCUCAUUGGACCCCAAUUCUCCUACUUUCGAGGACUUCGUGUUUGACACAUUGGAGCUAUGGUCUGCUCUAGCCAUGCAAUCUCCGUCGCCCGCUUCUCCGGAACUACUAGCUGGCCUGCCCGCUGUAAUUCCUAUCAUCGAACGAGGAGCCGAAUGCACGCCCGUGGCUAUCCAAGUAGUCGAAUCCUACGUUCUACUCGCUCCCAAGGAAAUCCUGGGCGAUGAAAUUCGGCUUCCAUUGCUGCGCGCUCUGGGCGAAACUCUUACAUUCAAGUCCGAAGUCAACCCUGGCGCUGUGACUCGUAUUGUUCAAAAGAUGAUUCGCGGUGCCGAAACAAUUGAUGGAGGCAGUGAAGCCAUAUACGGAAUCAUCUCGAAAUCGCUCAUCGACAGUGGAUUCCUCCGCUCUAUUCUUCAGGGCCUCUACUCUGCCCAUCAAGCAAGCCAAACUACUGGGCCUAACCGGAAAAAGUCAGAAAUUUCCGGCAUUGUCGAGGGCCACUAUUUUUCUGUUCUCGCCCGUCUCGCACUGGCGAACCCUUCUAUUUUUGCCGCUGCAGUCGCUGCAGCGACUGAGUCUACCGAAGAGCAAACCCUUGACUGGAUUCUCAGUGAGUGGUUCUUCCACUUUGAUAGCGUCGGUAGCAUCAGUGAGCGGAAGCUACAUGCUCUUGGCCUCACCCAACUUUUCAAUCUCCGUGGACCAUCCAAUGGCCCUCCUAACUUCAUUCUCAAUCGCUUGCAAUCUUACCUCACCGUUUGGACCGAUAUUAUUGUCGAGCUGGCAGAAGGCUGCACUGGACACCCAAGUGCUGACUAUUUGGUCCACUGGGAUUCGAGCGAUCCUGAAACCGCUGUGGCCCAAAACGUGGAGACAAUUGUUACUCCUCAGAACGCCCGUGAGACUGAGUGGUCUAAUUCAGACCCGGUCCACUGCCUCCCUAUGCGGGACUUUGUGCGUGAGCGACUUUCUCAAGCCAUCAUCGCCUGCGGUGGUGCCCAGCGCUUCCAAGAGGAGUGGCUGGUGAAUGUUGACGCCGAAGUGUCUGCGGCCUUUGGUGCCCUGGGCCUUAUCUGA